CACAGAACUGUAAUAUCACACGAAUAAAAGUGUGGUUGACGUACAGAAAAUGGAAGAUUAAUUGUUUGACAAUCUUGUAUUCACAAACUUGUAUUUUAAAAAGACCGCUAUAAAUUAAAUAUUUUUGAAAUUCGACCCUAGCGACAUCUAUGCAAAAAUGGCUGAAACUACUCAACGACUUACCGAUCGAUUAUCUAAGGGGGAACGCUUUCCGGAAAAACGGCCGGUAAGUUGCUGAGUAGUUUCAGCCAUUUCUGCAUAGAUGGCGCUGCAUGCGAAAACAAAAUAUACAACCCCUCACCUUUGGUUGAUGUCCACAGACAGACUGACGCGCUUUAGCGCGAAACAGCUUUUUUAUAGAUCGCGGCGCCGCCACGCAUGCGCUAUGACCUUCCUUAACAUGCAGACCGCAGACCUUAACUCACCUGGGGGUGUCUGGGACCCCCAAAAUCGCAACCCUUUGAGGAUAAAGGCAUGUCGAAUUUUUUGUAUCUAUAAUCGCUACUAUGCACAAGGUUGGAUAUAAAUUGUAAACAUACAAAUGAUCUUAUGUAGUCAUGUGAACAUUAACAUCAAUAUUUAACAAGUUAAGCUCAAUAAAAAAGCAAUAUGUCAUCAAAAUUGAAUACUGGAUUACCAGAUGUUCCAUUACCAUUUUCUGUCCUUAUGAUCAUUUUAUUAUCUCUGUGCUUUGCUAACAGUUACAAUGGAGAAUUUGUAUUUGAUGAUUCUGAAGCUAUUGUAAACAAUGAAGAUGUACAAAGUACUCCUCUCUGGGAUAUAUUUAACAAUGAUUUUUGGGGAACUAAACUGACCAAUAAACAAAGUCAUAAAUCAUAUCGACCACUUACAAUUCUGACUUUUCGAUUACACUUUUGGCUCCGUGAAGGUUUGAUAGCUCAAGAUUAUCAUAUAGUAAAUAUAAUAUUACACACACUAGUUUGUGUGUUAAUGUUGCCAGUAUUUAAUAUACUAUUGGGUGCAAAACAGAAGAAUAUUGCAUUUUAUGCUAUUGCAUUGUUUGCUGUUCAUCCGAUACAUGCAGAAGCUGUUUGUGGUAUUGUGGGUAGAGCAGAAUUAUUAUGUGCUUUGUUCAUAUGGAUAUCUAUCCUAUGUUAUCAUUGUUCAAUUUAUGCAGAAAAAUUAAUACACAGAUGGCUUAGUAUGUGUGGUUGUAUUGUAUUCAUUGCAAUUGCAAUGCUAUGCAAAGAAACAGGAAUUACUGCAGUGGGAAUUUGCUGUGUAUAUGAUCUUCUAAUUGUAAAUGAAAUACUUCCAAGUGAUUUAAUUAUAUAUAUUAUGAAAAAGCGUUCUUUGAUAGUAAUAAAACAAUUUAUUAGACAAAAGCAGAAAUUGUUAAUCAGACUAUUUGUAUUGCUUACAUCUGGUUUAAUACUUAUUUUUUCAAGAUUCUGUGUUAUGGGAUUCAAAGCUCCAACUUUCCAGUCUGUAGAUAAUCCAGCUUCAUUCAUGAGUAAUAUAUUUUUACGAAUGUUGAAUUAUAGUUAUAUUUAUUGUCUGAAUAUAUGGUUAUUAAUUUGUCCUCAAUGGUUGUGUUUUGACUGGUCAAUGGGCUGCAUACCUUUAAUUACCACUUAUGAAAAAAGAAUAUCCUUUGUUAUUCUUUUCUGGUUAGUACUUGGCACAAUGUUUAUGUACACUGUCAACUCCUAUGAAGAUAAAUAUCUAAGAUACUCAAUUAUGGGACUAGUAAUGCUCAUUAUUCCAUUUUUGCCAGCUAGUAACAUCUUUUUUAAUGUUGGUUUUGUUUUAGCAGAGAGGACAUUAUACAUUCCCUCUGCUGGUUAUUGUCUUUUAAUUGUUAUAGGAUUACAAAAGCUUUGUAAUCGAGUUCCUACACAGUAUUUACUACUAUCAUAUACAAUUUUAAUUCUAUUAUUUUUUACAAAGUCGUGGAUAAGAAGCGAACAGUGGAAAACUGAGACCACACUGUUUAGGUCAGCAUUGCAUGUUUGUCCAUUAAAUGCAAAAGUUCAUUAUAAUAUUGCAAAAAAUGCUGCCGAUGUUGGAAAUUUGAUACUAGCCCAGUAUGAAUACCAAGAAGCUUUAAGAUUAAAUCCUACAUAUGCUCAAGCUAUGAACAAUCUUGGUAAUUUACUUAAAGAUCAAGGAAAAUAUGUAGAAGCAGAAACUUUGUUUAAACGGGCUAUUGAACUGCAGGAGGAUUUUGCUACAGCAUGGAUGAACUUAGGUAUUGUCUUGUCAGCUCUUAGAAAGUAUAAAGAUUCAGAAAAAAGUUAUCUAACUGCUCUUUCUCAUAGAAGCAAAUAUCCUGAUUGCUUAUAUAAUUUGGGAGUACUGUAUCUAGAACAAAAAAAUUAUGACAAAGCAUUGAAAGCUUGGGAAUCUGCUACUAGACAAAGAAAAACACACAGAAGAGCAUGGACAAACAUAAUAUUACUUCUUGAUGACUUAGGUAUGCGCGAAGAAGCGCUUAAAAUGGGUUAUCAAGCUUUGCAUUUUCUACCAGGUGAUGCUUCGAUUCAUUUUAAUAUUGCAAACAUGUUAGGCAAAGUUGGAAAUUUUGUAGAAGCAGAAAAACAUUUUAAAAAUGCGAUAUCAAAAAAUCCUGCAGACGCUAUGUUUUAUACGAAUUUAGGUGUAUUGUACCACCGAUGGAAUAGAUUUCGUGAAGCAGAAUAUAUGUACAAACAGGCGUUAAAAAUUAAACCACAACUAAAUAGUGCGAGGGAUAAUUUAAAAAAGUUGUAUUCUAUAAAAACGGCAAUACAAUAAUUUAUUUUUAUAUAAAAAAUUAAAUUUAUAAUAAAAAUGAAACACAUAUUUAUACAUCUAUUUUUCCCUUUACGGCCUCCAUAUUACGCGGAUA